GUUGACUUUGAUCCAAAUCUGAACAUGUCGUCGCCCGAUCGUGCUGCGCGCCUUGAGGAGAAGGAGGAGCUGCAGUUCCUGAACUCCAAGCUCGAGCUCUACAUUCACCGACGUCAGGAGCUGCAAACCCUGGUCAAGACGCUCGAGUCGGAGUUGGAACGCGAGCGCAAUGACGCUCAGCAGCGACUCGAGAUUGCUCAUCGCCAGUACGAGGCGACGCUGACCGAGACGCGCCACGCACUCGACAAGGCUGCCAGCGAGGCGUCGCAUGCCAGCUCGAGCCUCGUACAGGUGAACGCAGAGCUCGCCGCGACCAAGGAGCGCGCCCGCACCGAAUCCAGCGCGGCAGACGCGUUGCGUUCCCGCUACGAAGCGCUCCAGCUCGCCAAGCACGAGCUGGACGGCCGUCUUGCCGUCAGCGAGAUUGCCAUCAAGGAGCUCAAGGACAACCUCAAGCAUGCCGACUCUGAUCGCAAGCACGCAGAGAAGGAGAGCGACGCGCUGCGCAAGUCAAGCGAGAAGGAGGCCCAGGCGCGCAUUGCCGCCGAGAACGCACUCGCGCGCUUCAAGCAGGACGCCCAGGCCAGCGCCAAGACCGGCGCAGACCUCAAUGCCUACCACUCGGAAGAAAUGCGCCGUCUCCGCUCAGACCUGUCGUCGCUCGAGCGCAAACUGCGUGCCGAGCACGACCAAGAGCUGGCCGAGGCACUCUCAGAGCACCGUCGCCAGACUGAGGCCGAAAGCGCCCAGUACCGGGCCGAGGUUCAGGCGCUGUACGAGUCUCGCCUGGAAGCCGCGCGUGAGCAGGCCGUCAAGGACGCCUCCGUCGUGGCUGGGCUGCAGCAGGCCCUGAGCGCUGCGCAAGCCGCGCAAGACCGCGCCCGCGCCGAGGUGACGGCUCUGUCUCAGCGCAGCGAAACCUUGUCCACACGCGUGCGCACGCUCGAGCACGAGCUGAUCAUCGAGCGCGACACGGUCGUUGAGGUGCAACGUUUGCGCGAGGAGGCGACGCGGCUGAUGCAAGAGGCGAUUGCCGCCAAAGACAGCGAGGUGCGCACGCUCACAGAGACCAACGUCGCGCUUGACAAGGAAAUUGCAAUGUACCGAACCCUUCUCGAGGUCGAAGAGAAGCGUCUUGGCGAAGACUUUACCCCGACCCGUCGUGGUGGUCGCGAUCGCGCCGCUUCCACGUCGGUUGUUGCGAGCGGAGCGACCAAGCGCACGUUCUCGGAAACCGCCGAGGAAACCAAUACCACCCCUGUUCGUUCCAAGCGUCGUCGUGAGGAAGACCCUUCGCCUUCUCGAUCGGCCUCCUCGUCAUCUGCCACCUUUUUCGCGGGCGCCCCGCGCUCGGUCGUCAACGCCGCCACGCGUGCCCUGUUCACAUCGUCUGCAAGCUCGUCGUCAGAUGCGUCCUCUUCGUCGACUGGCACGACGCUUUGGACAUCCGAGCCCGUCACGGAAGCUGGCCUGGUCGUGUUCGAGCCGGUGAAUCUGGUCGAGCACAACAAGCUUGUCCUCCGCAGCACCAACCCCGAGGAGGAAGUGUCCCUCCAUGGCUGGAAGGUGCGCACCACCUCCGAGACCACGGGCUCUGCGACCUACGAAAUCCCUGCAGGCAUUGCCUUGUCUGCGGAGCAUCCUACCGUGACCAUCUGGACGGGUGUAUCUGCCACACGCGGCAAGAGGAAGUCACGCUCGGAGCUUCUCUGGAAGCAGGACAUCAACUACGCCUCGAACGGCGCGUGCAUCCAGCUGCUUGACAACGAAGACAAUGAGAUUGCGCGCCUCGAGGUCCGCGAGCAAAAGGAAGACGAGCUGUUUGAGCGACAGAGCGAUCCUCGUGUUGGCUGCAGCAUCAUGUAGGAGGAUGUUAUGCGUGUAGUGUGUCAGUGGGGUUGUUUUUCUUUUGUUUUGUGUUGUUUCGGCAGUGGAGCAAAUUAUUUGAGCAUGGGUUGUCUGGUUUGAUUUGAGAACCUUUGAGAAUGGAAUAAAGCAAGUUUAGUGGAACAAAAACAAAAAAAAAAAA